AUGAGCGGCUGGGCGGGUUUUUCUGAAGAAGAGCUCCGGAAAAUUCAGCAGAAAGGAGGUCAGAGUGAACGUUUCUCCUGUUUCAGCUUCACUGACAUCUUCUUUAAUCUAACUCCACACUCACUUUAAGGCUCUGAUAGUGUAAAUAUCCGUCUUUAAGCUUGUCUUCAUGUAUUUCCAGACCCAGCGGCUGUCCGCGGGAGGAAGCCGGCUCCAGCUCACCGCAGCAGGCAGCAGCUUCAGCGGGAGAAGGUCCUUCAGCUCACCGCUCAGAGGAACGCAGGAUCCGGACCUCCUCCUGGACUCCCACCGGAGCAGCAGCUCCUCAAACCGCCGCCGAAGGAAGAGACCCGGCCUGCAGCUCCGGGUUUGACUCCUGCUGUUAAAGAGGAGAUGAAACUAGAGGAGGUGAAGAAGACAGAAACCCACCGACCUCCUCCUGCUGAAGAGGAGGAGAAGGAGGAGACCCCCACCAUCAAAGAGCUGGAGACCCAGGAGGUGGCUCUGUAAGUGUGAUGAUGGUUUUUUACAAACACAAAAGUUCAAGUAUUUUCAGAAAAGUAAAGAGUCAAACCUAAACUCUAAACCUUUGAUGUGUGUUUAAUAAUAAUAAUAAUAAUGACACAUUUAUUUAUAAACACCUUUCUGGACACUCAAGGACACUUUACAGAGUAAAAACAGCAGGAUAAAUAAAAGAGAAAAGAAAACAAAACAGGGAGAAAAUAUAAAUAUGUGAAUAUCUGAAUCCUGAAAGUAAACGGGUUAUUCCAGUUUAAUUAAUGAUAGCUGUGUACUCUUCAUACAAACACUGAUCUGCUCUCUCUUAGCAAAUAAAAGAAUUAAAGGUCACCUGUCAGCCUUUUACCUGGUCUCCAGGUGAAGGUAAGACGUCACUAAAUAUGUUUGUGAUUCACCUGAAAGUAUCUCAAAGGUUCUUCAGUGAAUCACUGAAUAAUUAUGGCCUCAAAUCCAAAUCAUGAUGAUGAUUUCCACACCUGUUUGUUCAUCUAUUUUCCACCUUAUACUCUGUUGAGAAGAUUCUCACUGUUAUUAUCCUCUAUAAACUAUAAAAGCUGCUUUACUGUUUCCAAAUGAAAAGUACAGGUGUCUCUGUUCAAAUACACUUUCAUCUGCUCAUAUUCACUGUUUUGUUCUUGUUCCUGAGCUCCAAAAGUCACUCGUGUACUUUGAACAAAUAUCAGAUUUGAACGAACUUUGAAGUCACUAAUUAAACAGCUGAACUGUCAGAAACACACCAAACUAAGCCGAGUAAAUCAGGAUCUCUAGUGUUUGUAAAAACUUAAACAAUCGUGUGCUGCCCUGAACUCUAACCUCAGCAUGGAUCCAGCCCUUGUUGGUUUUGCUUAGCUCUUUUUUUUAAUGUAAUAAAAUUUCCUCUACGUUUGUUUUCAGACGUGAGAAGACACGAUUGGAACAACUGCAGCAGGAGCAGAAAAUGAUCGAAGAGAGGAACAGACGCAAAAAGGCUCUGCUGGCCAAAACCAUCGCUGAGAAGUAAGUGUGACUGUCUGAUGACCUCUGUGACCGUGACAAACGGGGGUCAAAAAGAGAUUAUCUAAGAGUUGAUCUCCUCAUCUGCAGGUCCAAACAGACUCAGGCGGAGGCCGUGAAGCUGAAGAGAAUCCAGAAGGAGCUCCAGGCGCUGGAUGACAUGGUGUCCAACGAUAUCGGCAUCCUGAGGAGCAGGAUCGAGGAGGCCAGCUGGGAAUACUCUUCUGCCAGGUACAAGAGCCACACUCAGGGAAAAACGGUCAGUGUUUGUAAAUGAAGCAGCGCCGCAUGAGUGUAAUCAUAAAUGAGCCUCCAGACCAAACAGGUCUGGGACUCUCAGAGAGGUUCUGACCAGGAGAGCAUCAUUUAACGUGUGAGCUGGUUCACAGAGGAGGAAAGAUGGCAGCUGCAGGUGUUUGCUGAUAUAUUCAAACAAAUAAAGAGGUUUGGAGGAUUAUAGAUGCGUGUACUUAGAAGUUCAAGCUGUGGUGUCCUGAGAAGAGGUUAGGGUGAGGCAGGUUCCUCCAGCUGAUGUUCUGAAAAAGCCUAAAAUUGAACCUCAUCAAAGAAACUCAGACCAACAUCCAACUUCAUGAAACCAGAUAUUGAUCGUUAGCAGACAGACAGAGCUGAGGAUACAGUGUCGUAUUGUGACACAUUUAAGCUUUCGUGUUUGUGCGUUUUAAAAAGAUUGCCGGCCUUUUUCUGAGCUCUGCGUGUUUUCAUACGUUUGUCUUUUGUCACAUUUCUAAAACUUAGUUUUUCCUACAAAUCUCCUGAUUUUCAGCAGUUUUCAUUCAUCUGUAUCUGUGUUGUCAGAUGUUAAGAAUAUUCCUACCUCAGAUAAUCUCAGCAGGUGCAGAAGUGUGUCUUCAUUUUGCUUGCAGAGCUGUUUUUAAUUCAGUCAGGAGGAGAAAGGACACAGAAAGACUAUUUAAAAGGAAAUUUAGACUAAUUUGAGUGAAAGUCCAUCAGAAUAAAACUACAGAGCUUCACUGGUCUGAGUUUGGACCUAAAGGUUUUAGAAACAUGAUCAGAUUCCUGCAGGAAACGUCUCUGUGUUUAAAAUAAUCUGAGGUGUGCAGGUAAUCGACUGUACAGCCACUGUAAAUGCUGCCCCCUGCAGCUUGUUUCCAGUAUUCAUGCCAUCAGGACCCCCAACAUGAACCUCCAAACACCCAGACCUGAAACCCAAAGACAAAUGAACUUUCAUCUCAAACUCUGAGUUUCAAAAACACAAAGUAUUUUCUCAUUCUGACACUGAAGUCAAAGUUCGGAGCUGCAGACUGUAGUUUUGUUUGUUCAGUAAAUCUGUGAGACCUCAUUGUUGUCCUCUCCCUCUCUGUCUCUCUGUCUGAGUCCUGAGCUCUCAUUAGAGAUGUUUGUAUAACGGGAAGAGGAGCUGACCUUCACACACCCCUCACUCCGGACUCUGUUAUGAUUACGUUGAUUAAAUCGAUGGUUGGGAUUUAGCUGAGCUCCAACCCUGAAGAGAAAGUGUUUGACAUCAUGUGUUUGGUUACGGCGCCGUUCCCAAACAGGAUCUGAUGUUCUGUUGUUCACGUUUAAAAACAAGAUCUCUGUGUUCGGACAGAAAAGGGGGAGAGCAGUAUUUACCCCCGUCAGGGAACUCUGGGAUUCAAGGUUUCAAUGGUUCGUGUUUUUCUACCAGAUCAGGUUCGGGUUACGAAGUCUGUGAGCUGUAACUCGUGUAAAAUCACCAACAUUUGAAGGCUGGAGAGUUCGGUCAGGAUUACUUUUUAAGGGUCAGGAUUUAUUUUGGCUUGUCUCAACAUUUGCUCUCCUGUCUUCAUCCAUUACAUCGGUUAUAUAAGGAGAAUACGCCGACAUUUAAAGAAGUAGAAGAAGAAGAAGUCUGAACCUGCUUUUGUUGAGAGAUUCGUCUGUUUCUACGAGUGACUGAAAACUUUCUCACCAGAUGAAAUCAGAGCAGACGUUCACCUUCACCUGUCCUCUCUGGGUCUCAGAUCGCUUCACUGUCGUCGUCUCUCUCACUAAAUCACCAGUUUUCAAAUCCUCCAAUGUGGAGAGUCUUAUUCUGAUCGGGCCGUCCUUCCUAACAGAAAAAAGUUUUUCCUCUUUUCUCUCAGAGACACACGACUCCAACAGUUCAACAUUCAGAAAUAUCUUGAGUUUAACAGUCUGUGAAGUUUAACUCUGAUUAAAAAAGUCUAAAAACUCUCAGCGGUGAGAUCUUUGUCCACAGUGUGUUCGUUAUUCCUGUUGUUUUAUUGAAUCAGAUUAUUUUUAUAUUGACUCAUUUAUUUAUUUGUCAUUUUAACAAAGUCAAAUCUUGGACUAAGUCUGAUAUAGUUUAGUGUAUUUAUUAAUACAGACAGUGUUUUUACAGUUCUGUAGUUUUGCACAAGGUGAUGUAGACCGGAUGGUCGGAUAGAAGAAGUAUUUUUUUUAUUUUUUUUAUUUUUUUUAUUUGCAGGAUCAAAUGAAUCCCAAAUGUCCAGGUCUAAUAAAAUAAUAAUGAUAAAGAUAAAUAAAGAUAAUAAAAAGAGUUUUUUAUUUUGAAGAAUCCUUUGUGUUAAUAAAAAAUAAACUCUCAUACAGACGCUCUGUGGUGUCCGCUGAGCUCAGGUCGAUUUGAUCGUUUAUUUCCUUCAUCACAGAUCACAUCAGAUCAGAUCUAAACAUGAACUUCCUUCUUUUUUAAAUUUUAAUCCAAAUAUUUUCUCUGUAUUUUUGUUUUUCUCUACAGUUUCAGAAAUCCUAAAAGCCCAUGUGGCGAUUUUACUGAGCCGAAAUUACAUUCAUUUUAUAGAAUUCACUCCAAUUUGUCUUUUUUGUUUCUUAUUUUUAUUAUCAAUAAACUUUGUCAAAAACUGACGUGGCGGCCCCCUCUGAGAGUCUGCAAAACGAUGAAAAAAAACCCUGAGAUGUCACCAAAGUGAUCAAAUAUUUCCUUGUAAUAAAGAAACAAAUAAAUAAGUGAUUGAUUAUUAGCAAUUAAAAAUACGUUUGGUUUAUUUAAUCAUAUUUAACCCAGUUUCUCGCCUUUUCUCUGUAUGCUUCAUGUGUUUUCUUUCAUAAAUGGUUUUAGGAUUUUUUUAAGGGAUUUUAAAUGAAAUUAAAAAAGUCUUUAAUGAAACAGUGAGAGCUCUAUCAGAGGGAAUCGAUCACAAGAAAAAUCAUCAAAAACAAGGAAAGAUCCUGAUCAUGUCAGGAUACUUAAACUUGUUAAAAGUUUAUUUUUAAUUAAUUAAAAUGAUAAUUUCCACAGUCACUCUUACUCUCUUACAUGAAUCCAGUUUUCUGGUUUAAACUCAGACUUGUGUUCUGAAGGUGAGGACUCUGUUUGUUUUAUCAAAAGGAUAAAACCUUAAAUUUAAUCCACUUUAACUCUGAGAUUUUCUGCACUCGUCUAAUUUUGUCUCCGUCCAUCUUCAUGUUGUUUUUUCUCUCAGGAAGCGGUACGAGAGGGCGGAGGCCGAGUACGUGACGGCCAAACUGGACCUGCACAAGAAGACGGAGGUGAAGGAGCAGCUGACGGAGCAUCUCUGCGCCAUCAUCCAGCAGAACGAGCUGAGGAAAGCCCACAAGCUGGAGGAGCUGAUGCAGCAGCUGCAGCUUCAGGCCACCGAGGAGGAGCUGGAGAGGCAGAAGGAGAAAGAGGAGGAGAAGGAGGAGGAGAAGGAGGAGAAACAGGGUAACGGGUCAGUAGAUAAUCAGGAGGGAACAGUGCAAUCAACCAAAGAAUGUGAGGUGAUGGAGGAAGAGACUGUGAAGAAGGAGGAGAAGAAGGGAGGAGAGGAUGAACCGACGACUGAACCGACAAAGACGGAGCAGGACUGUGAAAGUCCAGAGAACUGUGUUCAGAGUUCAGAGGUGAUCACAUCCUGA